UGGCAAGUGAACGUAUUCGUUGGUGCACUCUUUCAGCCAAUAGAGAGCCAAUAUAGAGCCAUCUUGCUCGUCGGCUCUGCGGUCCACAUCAUGCUCACCCAUGUGUCUGAUUACCUCUCCGUCUGUACAUGCUGCGCGUACCCAGGAUGUCUGCAGCAGCAGCAGCAGCCUGAACAUCAGCGAGAACGCGUCAAGUGCGAGCACGAAACUCGCCUACUCCAUCGCCACGUCCGCCUCCAACUUCACCCGAAACUCGAGAAUCAACGUCACCAUCGAGGGGACAUUCGAGAACUUCCUGCUGCUGACGAUGGACGUGAUCUCCAAGCUCCCUGUGGGCACCUUCGAGAAGCUUCCGGCAAACACCACGUUCCUCGCCAACUGCAGCACCAACGCCACAGUGACGAGGGGCGACGCCGCCGGUAACCUCACGAACGUGACCUUCACCUGGGUUGCUCCACCCGCAUCGUCCGCGUCCUCCGUGGUCUUUGUUGCGACCAUUGUCCAGUCGAAAGGAGUUUGGGUUGUGAAUGUGACAUCGGUUCCAGUCAAGAAUGCAGAAUACAACCAAACGCCCAGCACCGCCGUUACCACCAGUCAAAUGAGUACCGCCAGCACUGCCGCCACCACGGGCACCACGGGCACCACGAUUACCGCCAGCACCGCUAGCACCGCAAGCACCGCCAGCACCGCCAGUACCGCCAGUACCAUCAGCACCGCCAGUACCGCCAGCACCGCUAGCACCGCAAGCACCGCCAGCACCGCAAGCACCACCAGCACUGCCAGUACCGCUAGCACCGACAGCACCGCCAGCACCGCCAGUACUGCCAGUACCGCCAGCACCGCCAGCACCGACAGCACGGCCAGUACCACGACUACCGCCAGUACCACGAGUACCGCCAGCACCGCCAGCACCGACAGCACCGCCAGUAUCACCAACACCACCAACGCCGCCAGCGCCGCCAGCAGCAGUGCCGGCACCGCGACGGGCACGGCGAUGGCGAGCCGCUCGCUGGCUCCCGUGCCGUGGUGCUCCCUCCUGCUCACGCUGCUCUUCGCUCGGGCGCUGGCGGUCGUCGCUACCUCUGGGUGAUCAACGAGACAACCGAAAACAUCUCUCUUCUCUCUGGAGCCUCCCUCCUCCUCAUCCUCCAUCCGCCUCCCUCCUGCUCAUCCUCUUCCCUCAUCCUCAUCAUCUUCCUCCUCUCUCUUCCUCAUCCUCCUCCCCCUCCUCCACCCUCCUCCACCCUCCUCAUCCUCCCUCUUCUUUUGUUUUCUAGUAUUGGACGCCGUGGUGGUUAAGGAGAUGUUAACUACCUCGCCUGGUAUGCAGGAGGUUCGUGGGUUCCGAUCCCGAACCCUGGCGACGCCUGCUCUAUAUUUCUAGUUUGCAGUGUCUCUCUCCCUGUAGGUCCUCCAAUUUUUUUUCCAUUCAACAUUUAUAAUCAACGUCACGCGUUUAAAGUAUUUGGCUGAUAUACAUUUCCACGUGGUGAUGAUGAUGAUGAUAAGCCACUUCGUUGAGCUAUCAUUUUUGAUAGCCAGGUCGCUUCUUUAAAAAACGUGUAGUGUACUAAUUCACAGACACUAGUAGGCGGUACUCUCUCUCUCUUUUAUUCCGGCCUUCACAGCCUUAGGGGAUAACUACACACCGGGUCGGGACAGCCAACACGCUGCCAGACCCACAGCUUGAAGAGGGCGAAGAUCACGACGACAACGUCACGACGAGGUCCACUCCAGAUCGCAGCAGCCCCGACUGUGAGUCGGAGGUCGCCUGUUAUCCUGAACGGCGUGUCCAGGCUCCGCCCUCGGCCCCGUCCCCCUCUGGAUCCCCCAGAGGGCUCCGUGCCUUGCCCACAGGCCCAGCUGGUAGAACGGGCCGCUACCCCUCAUUCCAUCGUCUACCAAACUCCCAGCGGCACGCGCCACAGUGACUCAUUCAAUGUCACUACAAUGGUAUAGUUUAGUUUCAAGAACGUUGUAUAUUUGUUACUGCGUUUUAAACUAUGAGAAGCACCUUGAGCUAAGGCGCUCUCUACAGACACAGUACACGAGACAAGAUUUCAUGUUCCCUGAUUAGAAUUACGAAACGAUUUUUUCUUUUUCAAUCGCCAGAUCUGUAAUUUGAUUGAAUACAAAUUAUAAUAUGAGUACAUAUACAUUUUAUAUGAUUACAAUAACAUAAUACGAUUACAAAACAAUGCAAUAUUAUUACAAUGCAUUGAAUGUGAAUACAGUAGCCCCCCCUCUGUUGAUCUGAAAAGCUCACAGUGAUGAUGAAGUCACCUUCACUCUAUUUAAGACCGGAAGCAGGAAGACUUUCUUCAGAAUUCUGGCAAUUCGCCUGAUGAAGCUGGUUGUUGUUCUAAUCACCAGGGGAAAAACGUCGUACUCGAAUUAUAAACGUUGUGGGUUUACUGUCCAGACACACAACCGGUUUAGUGCUGAAGCAGUAACUAAUUGUGCACGUGACACACCCCUACUCAUUGGCUGUGUCGGGUGGUGGUAGUGGUGGUGGCGGGUUUAACAACGCUAUAUUAACGCGAUCUAAACCAAAAUAAAUACUUUAUUAAGAAUAAUAUUGGUCGCGAAAGCCCUACAACUACUACUCUGCGUUAAACAAGUUGGUGAAUGCAGAAAUACGGAGUGUGGUGGUGGUGGUGGGUUAGGGGUGGUAUAGUGGUUCGCACUACACUGCACUGUGAACCCGGUUCCCGAGUUCGAUUCCCGCUCACGGCCUCCAACACCAAUGACGAUUAUCUGGGCCUCCCUUAGGUCCACUCAGCCUCAAACGAGUACCCUGAUGCGGUGUGUAGUAAACAUCACCCACUGGGGGAGACAAAGGCCGCCGAGCGUGGUGCUGACCACCCACCCUCUCGUGUGCCGGCCUUCAUCGGUGCUGCUACUCGCUAAGAGAACUUGUCCCAACAGUCUGAAAGCUACACGGGGGAGCUUUGUUUUGUUGGUGGACCGCAAGGACUGUCUGGAAACCCUGAAUUAAAUAAUUAUUCAAAUCCUCCUGUUGAAAUACCUUCGUGGUAUGAGUUGUAUCUUCCUUUUGAGCUGUUUAAAGCCAACCAUAUGCUACGUACUUUUGAUGCCGGGUGAGUGCUGAGACAGGUGAGGGCUAGACUUCAGGUGAGGGUUGAGACCGGUGAGGGUUGACAGGUGAGGUAAACAAAUCACUUCAAACAUGAAUACAAAUAAAACGAAACUGUGUUUUUUUUUAUCUUACCAGGUAUGGCCCACUGAGCCAUUGUAUUUAAGAAGUGACCUGGCUUUCGCAAAUAACAGUUCAACGAAGUGGCUUAUCACCGUCACGUGACCAAGGAUCAGGUAUCAGACUGGUGCUGUUUGCUGAGUUGUGAAUGCGGAGCAAUUCCACCUGUUGCACUUCAUGGUGAGUGCCAGGUGAAAAGCAGGUGAGUGCGGCGUUGUCGGAACAUCGUCGUCGUUAAAAUUCCACUCAAGAGGAUCCCGCAAAAUAUGUAUUGUUUCUACAGUAGGGGGCGAUGUUGCUUGCUAACGUCUGAUCUCGACACCGAGUGAUUUGUCCAUGCAUUUUUGACCACUGGAAUGCUUUGGCCAAUACCGAUGAUAUGCAAAGGAAUUUGUCUACAUGCUUGGAAAGUCUGCUGACAUGGGACAACGACUGCACGAAAGAAGUGAGAGGAGCGAUGAUCGCAAAGGCAAAUGGAGUAGUGGCAGGAUUCAAUAACAUUUGGAGACCAGUAUAAAGCACCAUAUUUAAGAGCGAAACAGGAGGAUGAUGUAGCCACAACUCUGGCUGUCGCCUGACGAGGCUGGUUGCUGUUGUAAUUACCGGCGAAACGUCACGGUGCUGGAAUUGUAAAUGUUGUAGUGGGGUUACUCUCCUACACAGCGGUGGGCUGAAGUAGUAACGAAUUGGCAUCUUGUAUUUACGUGACAUUACUCAUUGGCCCUGUUGGGUGGUGGUGGUGGUGGUGGGGUUAACGACACAUUUAUAUUUACGCGAUCAAACUCAAACAAUCCUCUAUUAUGGAUCGUGAAAGCCUACUACGUGUUAAACUCAUCUGGAGAAGCGAGCAAAUCGGCGACAAUACCAAAUUGAACAUCUUAAGAACAUGCGUGUUCAAUACAGUUUCGCGUAUACCUGCGAGACUUGGACAUUGAAAAAAUCAACAAAGAUAAGAUAUUGGCCCUCAAAAUGAAAAUGUAUUGUUACUGAAGGAUGCUGCUGCUGCACCCAGAAACUCACCAACGUUAAAAUAAGAAAAUUGUUGCACACAGAAAGCAACAUGAUGAUGGUGAUGCUGCUGCAGGCAGUGAUGAGAAAUGAACUGGCAAAUUGUGGACAUGUGUAGUUGGAUUAACAACAACAGGAACAUUUGAAGUGUUGACGACAUCACAAGAGAUUGGUGCCAGAGAGAUGUGGCCACUACUUGAGCAUAUGUUAUGUUUUUCUGUAAUAUAUUGUCAAUAAUUAAAAGGUGUUGAAUAUGAUAAUUUCGUAAUGGUUAUGUAAGAUAUUGCCAAUAAUGACACGUUAAAUGGCUUAUUUAAUAGUUUGCUUAACAUAAACAAAUAUUCAUGAUCAAACAUAGCACCAAAUAUCGUGCUAUGCAAUACGAAUUACAUUGAGUGACUUUGCGUUUAGCUAUGAGAGGAAAAAAACAACGGCGUGAGAAGGGGCAACGCUCGAUCCAGUACAGAUGGAACAGAUGGAGAUUAGUCCAAACACUGCUGUACAACCUCCUACCUGGCAGAGCCAGGGGUACGGCUCCUCAACCCACACCCGCGGGCAGGGAGGGAGUUUCACCACCGAUCUCUGUGUGAUCCGCCAACCCUCGCUGCUCCAUCCACAAAGUAGCCACCACCACUGCCCGGCUAACACAAUCUUUAGGUUGGUGGUGGUGCCCUCA